GACAGAAGAAGGUGGAGGAAGAAGAACGGAAAGGAAGAGAAAAGGAGUAGGAGGUGGAGGAGGAAGAAGAGAGCCGCGAGUGCGACGACCGGGCCACAAUAGUGUGCGCCUGUUUGUUGUUUCGUUGGCCGGUUUUCGGUUCGCGUUUCCGUGGAUCCGCCCGAUUGAAAAAAAAGAGAAAGAGAAAGAGAAAGAGGAAGGAGGAGGAGGAAAAGAAGAAGAAGAAGAGGAAGAAAAAAGAAAUCGUGUCGCGAGGAGAAGGAAAAGGAGAAGGAGAAGGAGGAGGAGGAGGAGGAGGAGAGCGGGAUAAUCGGAGCACGAGUCACACGCACCCGGGGGAGAAACAGGAAGGGAUACACGCACGCGGUGAACCCCGUCGUCCGAGGGGAGAGAAAAACAUCUCCUCUCUAACGCGAGUGUGAAAUAAUAGUAUAUAAUCCAAGUGUGGUGCCGUUUAUAUCGUUAUAUAUAUAUAUACACACACAUAUAGUUUCUGUUAACGUUGUUUUCCAAUAUAUAAAUCGUCCGUCGUCGAUGUAAUAAUACGCAUACACGUUAUUCUUAAAAAAAAAAAUACCUUCUCUGUCCGUCGUCGCGGAAGUCGCGGGUGGUGGGCCCAGACCGAGAGGAACUCAGCGGAGAGGAACCCAGUGAAUCACCUGUGGUGAUAUGCAGUAAACGGGAGAGGGGGAAACACGAAAUAUAUAUUUCUAAUUAUACAUAUAAUAAUUAUACGCUUGCACACACACACACAUAUAUAAAUACGAGUGAUAGAUAGAUAGAUAGAUGGAUAGAUAGAUGAUAGAUAGAUGAAUGGAUAGAUAGAUACGGUGAUGCACGGUGAAAAUACGUAACGCAGCUGGGGGCAGUCGGGGAUAAAAGUAGUAGAAUAGACCGAAAGGAAAGAUAAAGGAACAGGAAGAGAAAUCUGUCACGGCGUGAUCAGCCGGAGGAGAGCGAGAGAGACUCCCCGGAUAUAUUCAUCAUGCAUACGCACGCAUACGCGCAUAUUACAUAUAAAUAGAUGCAUAUAUACGUAUGACGUUGCCCGCGAUACGACGACGCUCCGUCGUCGACGUGUUCUCCAGUUCCGAUCUUCACCUUUCUCGUCUCUCCUCUUCUCGUUUUCUUUCUCUUUCUCGCUCCCCUUUCUUUUCGAUUCGUGCACGGAUCCCUCGCGUCGACCGACCAUCGACGAGUUCGUCGUUGACACCGAUCGACCGACCAACUCCACCGCGAUCCCCCGAAUUUCAUCCCCUUCUUUCCUUUCCACGCGUCACGUUCUCUCUCUCUCUCUCUCUCUCUCCCUUCCCCCUCGCGUCCCAAUCAUCGACGCAAAAACCAUCGUAUCUUCGCCUCAUCCGUUUCUUUCUAUCCCAUCGGUACACGUGUUUCCGUGCGCGCAUUCGUCGCAUAUCGCCCCAUUCUUCCUCUUUCUCUCCUACACCUCCCCUCUGCACACGUUCUCUCUCUCACCGCUCUCCUCCCUUUCGUUCUUCUCUUGAUCCAGUGACGUCGCUCUUGCCGUGUCUUCGAGUCCUCCCCGAGUCGUCGCCUCCAGAAACCUUCUUCCUUUCCCCCUUGCGCAUCGAAUUACGCGGCAGAUUCGAUAUAAUCGAGUGGAUCUUUGUUAAAGAACCUUAAUCUUCGAACGAUCCCCUUACCCGUUUAGCUCGAACUGGACGGAGAGAAGACGGAAGAGAAGCGCGAAGGGAACGGAAGCAUUCGAAGCAACGGUCGAGUCGAGCGAAGAUCUGUCGCGACGAUGUGGGGCGCGAGAGGCUGUGGCCGAUUCGAUUGAUAGGCGAAUCUCUCCUCGUUGCGAUUCCAUCGAACGGAUCGGAAGCAUUGGCCCAUUCGGUUGUUCCUGCACCCUUUCGAACGAAACGUCCUUUCCUUUCCUCCGUUCGUCGUCGAAUCCAUCGAACAUCGUUCACACACCGGACGAGAUAUAUCGGAGGUUGUGCGAGGGACGGGGAAAGGCGGGAAGAUUGGCGAUCGACUGGCGACCUCUGGUUCCUUGGGCUUGAAUUCUCCCCUGGCUGAGUGACGAACAAGCUGAACGACAGUUUUAGAUAGCUGCCGGACGUCUGUUUAACCGUCUGAAAGGCUACACCAAGUUCCUAGGAUUCUUCGGCCUUCCUCAGUGGGGAUUUAUCGAUUUCCACCGACGAAAAUAAAGCGGACUCGGUCUUUCGUCGAUUUUCGGCCCGCGGUGAAUCAUUUUCUAGAAACUUCUUGGGGAGGGGAGGUGGAGAAGCGACGAUGAUACGCAACGUCGAUACUCGGCUGUGCAAAUGUCGUCCUAGCACCGCUCCUCGGGAUCGCACGUUCGAGCUCUCCUGAUCGACUCGUCUUCUCGUUUCCUCCACCGAUCCAGGAAAAAAGCUCCACGAAAAACGUUGGAAACGCGUCUAAAUAUAAGUCGCGUGGCGUAUCUCGCGUUAUUUUAAGAAAACGUGAUCGAAUCGUUUCUAUCGGGCAAUCCUCUUCCCAGUCUUCGAGAAAACGAUCUCUUCUUCUUCUUCUUCUCUCUCGAAUUAGAGAGAGGUGUUUUACGCCCCUCCUCGCAACAAUCGCCGCCACUUUCGACCCUCUUCGAUUUUUCAUCCCUUUACCUCUCUCUCUCUAUCUCUCAUAUUCCUCCCUCUUAUCUCUCUCUUCAACGAUAACUCGAUUAUUCGGGUCCCUUUCUCUCGAUCCCGGUAACACCUUUUCGGCCGGUUGCCGCGUGCGGACGGCGCAGUACGCGUGCGUAAUAUUCGACACGCGCGUCACGACGCAGAGCCCGUUUCUGACCGACGCGGUUAUAAAUAAAACGCGCGCCGUGGCCGCGGCACCGCAUUACGCUCGAUCCUCUUUCGUGCCGGUGUAACAACGUGUCAAUGAAAAUAGAGACAGCCUGUCUACCUUCCUCCGGUGUGGAAACGGAACUGAUUACGCGCGGACACCAUCCGCGUGUCACUCCUACUACUUCACGAUUUUCACCCACGAGUCUCUCGAUUCCACCUCGGAUCAUUAUCGAAUACGAUAAAUGAAUCGAAGGAGCGUCGUGAUUCAUGUUCUUCUUUCCAAGUCGAUAGAAUAUCCCAACGAAUUCCGAGGAGCGCGUAACAGUAAGAAUAAUAAUUGAUCGAUGAUAAAUCUCCACGCGGAAUCAUAGUGAAACUGUUUCGAAGAUUUCCAAUAAGCCUUGCACGAGCUCGAAAUCGGGUGUACAAACUUGCCCACCUAACCGCGAUUAACCGAAUUGAUCUCGUUAUCCAGCAAUAACUCGAGCCUGUACAGAGCACGGUUGGCGGUCCUGUCCCGGCUCUACGUUUGACUCGAUAACGAGUCAAUUAUCGAUUGAACCUUAUCGCGGGCGAAGCUGCCCGAUACACUUGAGCGAGCCACGUUACGGAACGCCUGUGAUUCGGCGACGAGGCCAAUCCCCCGUUCUUCAAAUUUCUUCAAAUCUCGCGCGAAAUUAACUUUCCACCGUCCUACGCUCGACUCCUGCCACAAUUAAUUACCACAACGAUUGAGAACGGGUCGGCAACACCGCCUCUCGAGAUUGCAGCCGUCGAAAUUGUGUACGAAUACGGGACGAUCGGGAUUGGCGCGCGCAUGCGCGAGAAAUCCUUGCAGCUAAUUGGCCGGAACGAUUGGCGGCGAUAGAUGGCGACCGAUCUUCGCUCGGGUGGGGAACUCGCGCGCCCUCUGCGCUCCUUCGGUAUCGCGUGACGUUGUCGCGGUUCGUUGCCACCGCCGAUAUCGCGCCCCGUGCUUUUGAAACGGGCCAACAACAACAACAACAACUGUGCACAAGCGUGAGCCACCGCGCGCCUCGAUAAAAAUUCCCUUUCUCUUUAAUUACUUCUCAUCGUCGUUAUCUUCCUUAAAGGAAAGGAGAAACAACUCGGACGAUUCGAAAGAUUCGCUCACGCUCGUGUCUCUCUCUCUCUCUCUCUCUCUCUCUCUCUCAAAGGGAAGCGAAAAACAACACCAUGCCAUGAGCAAUUUUUGUUCCGUGUAGCGAACUGAAACUCGGAGGAAGGAUCCAUCGGUCUAGGAGCAGUGUCGCCCCCUCGAAUCCUGGAAGGGUUCGGAAGCUGAAAGAAAUUGACGCGGGAUAAUAAGAUACAAAGUCGGGCGGAAGAAGUGGUUGGUUCCACGUUAAACUGUGAUGACCGGGUACCGGUCGGGCGAAGCAGCGGAGAGCGAAGCCUCGAUCCCAUCGUGCACCGUCCGGAUACCGGUGCACAGGCCGACCAACGAUCGACGAGAGAAGAGGGAAGAAGCGAGCCCCGGCGAUCAACGGACAAAUAUUAUUGUUAAUAUUAUCGCUGUUGUCGUCUGGCCGCGGCUCGACGCGUUAAGAAGUCGGGGUUACGAGGAGGGUGGAAGGAUGGGCAGCAGCGGCGUGGAUUCGCGCAGUUUUUCGUAGAAAACGGGAGCACCGAUCACGAGAGCGGCGACGCGAGGGCCGACGACGAAAGGAAGACGAGGCACGCGGCGCGGAGGGACGCGGCAAGGUUGGAGCGCGGCGGAGUCGGUCGGCUCGAACGGAGGGAAAGCGAGCAGACGGAGGAAAGGACAGGAAGAGGCGAGCAGCCGGAGAGUGAGCGGUCUAUGACGUUACCGGUGGCCGUCUACGUCACGUUAACGGUAACGGUAAUCCUCGUAUACACGACACGCACGCGACCUAGUCGCGGCGCUGAGCGGAGCAAGUGGAGAGUAGUAUAGCGGGUAGCGAGCUAGCGAGCGACCGCCUCGAGGAAUUUAAAAGUGAAACUGUGACGAUCCACCGCCACUCCACGCGUUUCCCCCUUCUCUCCUAUUUGCUAUCGUUCUCCACCGUCUACGUUCUCCCUCGACGUCGUCUUCUUCUUCUUCUUCUUCUUUUUCUUCUACUUCUUUUUUCUCUCUCGCUUUCUUUCCCUCCCUCCCAACACCUUCCCUCCUCCUCCUCCUCCUCGUUCCUCGCUCCUUUCUCUUUCUCUGGCCGCCGCUUUGUUUCCUCUACUCCCUCAUCACGGUUUCGCCUGUCGUCUGUCUGCGUUCCUCUUCUCUUCGUCUCUCGGCCCCCUUCCCGCACGCCCCUCGGUCGCCUCGUGAUCGUGACACGGAAGGGAACGCGCGGCGCGCAGUGAAAGUGAUCGACAUUACGAUUUUUCCGGCUAGCGAACCCACCCCCCUCUCUGGGCUCGCCUCGAGAAAAAGGCGGAUCGUAGGAGAAUGAUGACACGCAGGUGCGAGGAGACGGGGAGCAGCUGAAGGCGGCCGCCCGAUCAAGGUGUCGUCCACUUCCGGAACGCAGGUGGGGGAAAAGAGGCUACGCUAACAGCUGCCGCUCACGUUGAUGGCCGAUCAUCGACGAACCAAAAAUGAAUUAUGACCCUUACGAGCAGCCCGUGUGAGCUAGACAACAUGAGCUUGUUUCAAGACCUCAAGUUGAAAAGGAGGAAGGUCGACUCCCGAUGUAGUAGCGACGGGGAGAGCAUGGCCGACACCUCGACCCUGUCGCCGGAGGCUAACAUGCCGGGCUCGCCGGGCUGCCCCGUGGUCAAAGUGAAAAGCGAGUAUCUGCUUGGCAUACCGAGCCCGGGCACGCCGCGCGAUCCUCUUCGCGGGACGGCAAGCGUCGGGCUGGAGCAUCCCCGGGAUACACCCUGCUCGGACCGCGCCUCGCCCGACUCGGUCUUCCCCGACGCCAGCUCGAUAGUCGGCUAUGCCAGGGUGGUCGAGGAACAGCAGCAACACCACCAUCAGCAGCACCAACAGCAGCAGCGUUCCGCCACGCCGACCAUGCCCACCAGGCUGUCGCCGUACUCGCCUAUGCAGGCGGUCUCCACGACGCCCAUGCCGCAGGAGCAACCGACCUCGAGGAGCGACAGCCCCGAGAAGGUGGACUUGUCCUCGGCCCAGACCAAGGAGGAGUCCGACAACUCGGUUUUCGACGGGGGAGGCGGCGGUGGCAGCGGGGGCGGCGGUCGUUCCGAGACCUCCAGCCAGCCUAGUCACCGGAGCAGCCCGUCCUCCCAAUACAGCCCCAGCCAGAGCAUGAGCCCUGGCGCGAGCACGACUCACGUUAGCCAGCAGCAGCAGCAGCAGCAACAGCAGCAGCAGCAGCAAACGUCGGCAGGGAGCCUGAGACCGCGAGUACCCUCGGUGCCCCCGCACCUGUUGGCUCACCAUCAAUUCUGGUCGCAGAACAACGGCAUACAGGGGUUCGCCACCCAGAGGCUGUUGAACGGAGUGAUCAGCAGCGCUGUGAACUACGGGCAGACGGUGGCGGUCGCGUCCACCAGCAGCACGACGAGUUUGAGCACGGGGAGCAGCGGGAACGGGGCGACCUCGACGAGCGCGGGGGCCGCCGCCGGUGCAGCCACGGGGGCCGCCUCCUCCUGCGAGACGAUGAAGCCGCCGGCGCAGAGGCCAGCGCCGGCACCCCCGAGGCCGCCACCCACCGUGAUAAUGGGCGAGAUCGGCGGCGUGCGGACGAUGAUCUGGUCAGCGCCACCCCUGGACCCCGUGCCACCCCCGGCGGCCUCGUGGACGGCGACAGCCGCGGCGGCGGCCGCGGCGUCCUGCUCCUCGUCGGAGGAGUCGGCCGCCCAGCUGUUGCUCAACCUCGGCCAGGAGUCGAGGGGGAAGCCGGCAGCGGCGGUGCCCUACUCGUCCGGGCCCCCGCUCAACAUGGAGAGGCUGUGGGCCGGGGACAUGACGCAGUUGCCGGCCGCCCAGCAGAUGCAGGCGCUCAACCUGACCGCGUCCGGGUCGGGGCAGGCGUGGGAGCGGAACGGGGGGGUGGUCAAGUCCGAGGCGGCGGCGUCGCAGCCGAUGUCGGUCGCGCCCCCCGCGCCGCCGAUGCCGCCCCAGGAGCACGAGGAGGACGAGACGCCUAUGAUAUGCAUGAUCUGCGAGGACAAAGCGACCGGCCUGCAUUAUGGGAUCAUCACGUGCGAGGGGUGUAAAGGUUUCUUCAAAAGGACUGUACAAAAUAGGCGAGUGUACACAUGCGUGGCGGAAGGUGGUUGCGAAAUCACAAAGGCCCAGAGGAACAGGUGUCAGUACUGUCGUUUCAAAAAGUGCAUUGAACAGGGUAUGGUCCUUCAGGCGGUUCGAGAAGACCGGAUGCCUGGGGGAAGAAAUUCCGGUGCUGUGUAUAACCUUUACAAGGUGAAGUACAAAAAGCACAAGAAAAGUAACAAAACGAGCGGAGUGGGUGGAGGCAUGGGUGGCAUAAGUAGCGGGGGUAACGUUGGCGGUGUUAACGGGUCGGGAUCCCUUGGUGGUAGCAAAAGCGCCAUGGGCUCGACGAUGCUCGACAAGCACAUGGCCGUGGCCGCGGUCGCUCACCAUAGCCAACAGCAGCACGUCCAGCUGGCUGGCGGUUUCCUUCAUCAUCACAAGAUCUCGUCCGGCGACCCGCUCAACUCCCAAUCUACCACCAGUCACUCGAGUCACCCUGCGCACUCGGGCCACCUGGUCAACGGGACGAUCCUCAAGACGGCGCUCACCAACCCCUCCGAAGUGGUACACUUGAGGCAGAGGCUAGACAACACGGUAAGCAGUUCGAGGGAUCGAUCUUUCCCUUUCGACGCCACUGUCGCCAUGAUCCAGUCCCUCAUAGACUGCGACGAGUUCCAAGAUAUUGCCACGUUGAGGAACUUGGACGAGCUGCUGGACCAUAAAUCAAAUUUAAGCGACAAGCUGUGUCAGAUAGGGGACAGUAUAGUGUACAAGUUGGUGCAGUGGACCAAAAGGUUACCGUUUUACCUUGAGCUACCGGUCGAAGUUCACACGACAUUGCUCACCCACAAGUGGCACGAGAUCCUCGUGCUGACCACCUCCGCCUAUCAGGCGAUACACGGUCAGCACAAGUUCUCCAACGUCGGCAGCGACGCGAUGGGAGCGGAUUUUAUGCAAGAAGUUUCGAACAACAUGUAUACGUUGCAAACGUGCCUAACGAACAUGAUGGGCCGGCCGAUAACCAUGGACCAAUUGCAGCAAGACGUAGGCCUGAUGGUGGAAAAGAUUACGUAUGUCACGUUGAUGUUCAGGAGGGUUAGAUUACGGAUGGAGGAGUACGUCUGUCUGAAAGUAAUCACCAUGCUCUCGCAAGCACGUGGAGGUACGAUGGAAUUAGAACAUCUACAAGAACGAUACAUGAGCUGUCUGCGAAGUUUUGUCGAGCACAGCGCCCCACAACAGCCGAAUCGGUUUCACGAUCUUCUCGUCAGGUUGCCGGAAGUACAAUCGGCGGCAGCUCUUCUACUCGAGAGUAAAAUGUUCUACGUUCCUUUCCUAUUGAACUCAACAAUUCAAAGAUAGUAAAUAAAAAACAAACUGACGAUAAACGAAGCUGAAUACCUAUAUAUACAUACUAUACAUAUAAAUAUAUACAUAUAUAUAUAUAUAUAUAUAUAUAUAUAUAUAGAGAUAUAAAUUUAUAUAUAUAUACAUAUAUAUAUAUAUAAAUAGAAUCGAACAAACAAAGAGCAAGAGCAAACAAAGAGAGCAGGAAAGACUUGUGCGGAAAAAAAGGGGGAAAAGCUUUGUUUGCGUAUGUAUAAUAAUUAUAUAAAAAAAAAGGUAUAUAUAUAUAAAUAAUAUAAAUAAUAUAAAUGUGUGUGUUCGUUGCGUUGUACAAAAAACGAAGAAGGUUGAGAAGGGAACGGGGAACCUGUGAAAAGCGUGAUAAAAAAACAGACGAAACAAACGUUGAAAGAAGAGAAAAAAAAGAGACGAAAGAGAUACGAGAAGAAGAAACGAGAAACGAGAAGGAAACGUGAGCGAAAUUUGGGCGAAAAAGAAAAAAAAAAAAGGAAGAAAGAAAGGAAAAAAAGGAGAGAGAAUGCUUUAAAUAAGAAGAAAUAAGAAAAAAAGAAAAAAAAAGAAGAAAAAAAAAGAAAAAAAAAGAAAAAGAAGAAAAUUAACGAAAGAAAAUAAUAAAAAAUUCGAGAGAGAGCGAGAGAGCGGGAGAGAAAGAGAGGGAGAGUUAGAGAUAGAGAGAAAGCGCGCCACCUCGAGAUGGGAAAUCAAUCCGAGGAGGGGAACUGAACUUUUUUAUCGAAACUAAAAGACUAUAAUAAUAUAUUUCUGUACGCAGUACCGCGCAACUACGUCAUUGUGUGUUCACGUUGCAUAAUCCGAUCGAUAAUAAGACUCUCGUUACGUACGCUCACUGUAGGCCACCUACUACCACCUACUACUACUGCUGCUACUAUUACUACUACUACUACUACUACUACUAUUACUACUACUACUACUACUACUACUACUACUACUACUAUACUGCUACUAUUACUAUUACUCUCCAUCACUAUCAAACUACAAAUAGCAGACUACCAAAACGACCGAAAGAUCAAUCGACCGAUAUCGAUGAUAAUGGUGAUCAUAGCGAUGAUAUAACGAUGAUAUAAUUCAGUCAACCACGACGACGACGAUGAUGAUAAUGACGACGACGACGAUAAUGAUUUCGAUGAUUUCGAUCGUGAUGACCGUGAGUUACCAAUUAUUAAGGCACAAACGCAAAACAAUCGUUGGACGGAAUCGAUCGCCACGUUUCUGAAUAUCUUUGCAUGCAACUAUAAUAUAUAUAUAUAUUAUGUAUAGUAUAUUAUACUAUAUUAUAUAUAUAUAAUAUAUAUAUAUAUAAUACAUACAUAUGUAUAUUAUAUAUACUAUAUUGUAUAUAUAUAUAUAAUGUAUAUAAUACAUACAUAAUAUCACGACGGACGAACACGUACGUAUUAUCCAUUCUCGAGGAAAAAAAGUGAUUUUAAACUAUAAACGCUCGAAUAUUCUCGAAAAUCCACACAAUGAUAAUUCUAUCUUUAAAUCAAACGAUUAUUAUUCUCAUUUAUUCCAUACCGUGUGAUAUAUUUUAUAUAUAUUGCAUUUGUUUAUAUAUAUAUAUAAAUAAGAGAAGAUAUACGCGGCCCUCGAAUAAAAUUUUCCAGUCGAUUGGAAUUUUGAACCGGGACCUUUUGAAUGGAUGUUGAUAAAAAAAAAAAAAAGAAAAAGAAAAAGAAACGAUGGCGGUGUUCGCGUGACCGUUGGAUCUCGAAUAAAAAGAAAAAUUGAAACUAUAUAUUCGUGAAAGGUUCAGAGAGCAAUCUCGAUGUCUGAUCGCAAAGGUGUCCUACCAUUGUACCGAAAGAAAAGAAAGCCCCGACGUUGAACACAUUCGAAUGGAAAUCUUGGUUAGGAUCUAGGCUACAGACUUAUCGAUUCGUGAAUCGUCCUUGUUAUUAUUGUCGUUCUUGUCGUCGAUCAACCACUCCGAAUCAUGGUCCAAGCGCGCAACACAGAAGACUAUAUAAUAUAUAUAUGUGUAUAUAUAUACAUGCAUACAUACAUAUAUAUAUAUAUAUAUUUAUCGUUUUGUUAAUUUACAAUUUUAUCGUCAUCAAUGUAAAUCUUGACGCGUUAUAAUAUCAUAUGCAUCAUAUUCACCACCGGUCGAAGAUGUCCUUGUUCGUAAUCGAUAUUUUACUCGUUCUUCGAACGAUCCGAUCCUCCAUUUCUCUCGGACCGUUACACGCCUGAGACCGUUACACGUGACACGCGUUUUUAGAGCUUACAAAAAAGAAAGAAAGAUAAGCGCGCCUCGUACAAAAUCUCUCGUGGACUAUUUGCUUCGCGUACGAACGGGACGGACGCUUUUGCGACGAUUUUUAAAACGGAGCUCGCUUCGACUCGAAAUAUUGCAAAAUAUAUUUUGCAAAAUUUUUCUAAACGAAAAAUGUAUUUCUCGUAACGAUAAAUAAUUUUUCGACGUAAGGGGAACUUUUUAACGUAUAACAUUUUUUAUAUAGUUCUAAUAUGAAUUCGUAGCCUGCCGUAUAAUAAUCGAAGUGAUAUCUUUUCUAUCGAUGAAUCCUUCAGGGAUCGGAUCGUUCGAAAUGUGGCCGUGUGCGCGCGCGCGCGCGCGCGUGCCCUCUUCGUUUCUCGUUACCAGGUGUUCACCAUUGAUCCGCGAACGAAAGAUUGUUUUUUAUGAUUCCUCGUUGAAACGACUGCGAUAAUUUCAUAGUAUUAUAUACAAGAAGAAAAGAAAAGAAAAGAAAAGAAAAGAAAGAAAGAAAGAAAGAUAAAACGUGUAAACGAACGAAAAAUACGAACAGCAAGAAACUUGGUAUUUCUCUUCCGCGAGGAAGCUUGUGUUCGACGAUAGAAAGAAAGAAAGAAAAAAAAAGAAAGAAACGAAAUUAAAAUUUCAAUAUAAUUUUUCUUUUCCCUCGCGUGGAUUUCCAAUUCGAUUUAUGCAGUUUCUCCUGGUUUGAAAUUUUAAAUCGUCAAAUAUUAGAAUAAUAUAUAUACGUGUUUAAUUUAAGUUGAGGUGUGUGAUAAUUCAGUAAUUCCUCGCGGCGGAAAAGAUACCACGAUUUCUCAAGGAUUGGCUCAAUUAUUUAAGAUAAGCGAAACCCCUUAUAGGAAAUGGAAAUACACGGAUAAAAAGCGAACCGGUAGCUGACGCCAUGUCAGAAAUGUCUUGUUCGUGUGUUGAAAAGGAAAAAAAAGAAAAAAAAAGAAGAGGAAAAAAAAAGAUAAUAAUGAAUAAUGCUCCUUGUAUACGCAUGUUAUGGUUAAUCUGCGCACGUUCUAUCACAACGUGAUUGUUUCAUCUUGCCUCCAUAGAAGUUAUCGUAAACACGCGCUAUUCACCGGUACGCAUACCGAUCACGAGUACGAUGAAAUCGAAAUAUUUCCCUCUCCUUCUCUCUCUCUCUCUCUCUCUCUCUCUCUCUCUCUUUUUCUCUCUUUUUGAUUUUUUUCGAUUCCGAAGUGUCAAUAUGCCUUCGGUCGUGUUGCAUUUAUCACCUUGAUCAAUUUCAAUUUCGCGCUCAUCAUCGCGUUCAUUCUAUCUAUCUAUCUAUAUAUUUACUAUUGAUAUUUUUACGUAAUAUUUUUUUAAUCGAGACGAUAAGUUAUCAAGCGAAUUUCUGCUCAAAACAAGUUCUCUACUCUCGACAACAAUCUCGUUGUCUUUUUUUUUUUCACAUCUCGAUUCACAAUUUCGCCGGACUCGUGGUCGCGAGCGCACAUACGAAAAAAAAAAAAGAAAAAAAAAAAUAA